AUGUGGGAGCCUAGCCAUGUGUAUGGUCACCUUGACCGUGCUACAUCCUUUUCGUCCCUGUCUUGGUGGUCCAAAAGGAAUGUUGAAGUGGAUAAUUGGGCAGUGGCAUACCGCCAUCAGUUGGAGGCUUCUAACCAACUGAUUGCACCCAAUGCUCGCUUCUUUACUGAAUUGGCCGCUCUCUAUAUCGGAGACGUUAAGCAGUCUCGAUUGGACCCAGACUACAUCCAAGAGCUGGUGGCGCUUCCCGCCCUACGCAAGAGGUGGCGCGAGAAACUCAUGGUCACCCCAGAGGCGGAGUCGGAAACCGACUGGACCAGUCUGGCCCGGGCCAUGCGAUCUCUCCCAGCAGGCGUCCAACGCUGGACCACAAAGCACAUGGUGGGUAUGUGCGGUGUUGGCAAGUUUAAGGUACGAUGGGGAUAUGACACAUCUGCUGCAUGCCCAUGCUGUCGCGAGUUCGAAGAUCACCUACACGUACCUCGAUGUAUGGCUCCAUCCACCAGCGCUGAAUGGGAUCGCCGGACAGUGGCCCUGGAAUUAUGGCUGGACACCCAAGUGACAGAUCCGGCCAUCAAACAUGCCCUCCUCUCCCUCCUUAAAGGCGUUCGCGAUCCAUCCCUCCUGUCCAUUUGA